GGGCCGGAGCCGGAGGGAGGGCCAGGCCCGGAGGCCCCCACCCUGGCGUGCCCGCCCCGGCCGCGGCUGAGGAGGAGGAGGAGGAGGAUGAUCUCCAGAUACACUCGGAAGGCGGUGCCACAGAGCUUGGAGCUGAAAGGAAUAACAAAACAUGCUCUUAACCAUCAUCCCCCUCCCGAGAAGCUGGAGGAAAUUUCCCCCACCAGUGACAGUCAUGAGAAAGACACAAGUUCCCAAAGCAAGUCUGACAUCACAAGAGAAUCAUCUUUUACAUCAGCCGACACUGGGAAUUCACUGUCUGCUUUUCCAAGUUAUACAGGCGCAGGGAGAUCUACUGAAGGAAGCUUGGACUUCUGGGGAUAUGGUGAACUCGAUCAAAAUGCCACUGAAAAAGUCCAGGCAAUGUUCACAGCCAUUGAUGAACUCUUGUAUGAGCAGAAGUUGAGUGUGCAUACCAAGAGUCUACAAGAAGAGUGCCAACAGUGGACAGCUAGCUUUCCUCACCUCAGGAUUCUAGGUAGGCAGAUAAUCACUCCAAGUGAAGGUUAUAGAUUGUAUCCUAGAUCCCCUUCUGCUGUUUCUGCUUCAUAUGAAACAACCUUGUUUCAAGAAAGAGAUUCUACUAUAUUUGGUAUAAGGGGAAAUAAGUUACAUUUUUCAUCUUCUUAUGCUCAUAAAGCAUCUUUCAUUGCCAAAUCCUCCAGCUUUUGUUCUAUGGAAAGAGAUGAGGAAGACUCUAUAAUUGUCUCAGAAGGAAUAAUUGAAGAAUACCUAGCAUUCGAUCACACAGAUAUGGAAGAGGGAUUUCGUGGGAAGAAAUCAGAAGCAGCUACAGAGAAACAGAAAUUAGGGUAUCCUCCCAUUGCUCCAUUUUACUGCAUGAAAGAAGAUGUCCUUGCUUAUGUGUUUGACAAUGUAUGGAGCAAGGUUGUGAGCUGUAUGGAGCAGUUGACACGUAGUCACUGGGAAGGAUUUGCCUCUGAUGAUGAGAGUAAUGUUGCAGUUACCAGACCAGAUUCAGAAAGUUCCUGUGUGCUGAGUGAACCACAUCCUUUGGUGUUACCACGAGUGCCACAGUCUAAGGUGCUGUCCAUUACGUCAAAUCCGAUGAGUCUCUGUCAAGCAAGCAGUCAUCAGCCAAAUGUAAAUGGUCUCUUGGUUCAUGGGAUGCCUCUACAGCCAAGAAAUCGCUCCCUAAUGGACAAGCUCCUAGAUCUUGAUGACAAGCUACUUAUGAUGCCUGGGUCCAAUACCAUCCUUUCAACUCGAAAUUGGCCAAAUCGAGCUGUGGAGUUUAGUACAUCAUCUCUGUCAUACACAGUGCAGUCCACCAGGAGACGCAAUCCACCGCCACGAACCCUUCAUCCGAUCAGCACGAGCCAUUCACGUGCUAGAACACCAAGACCUGUGGAAGAAAUCCUCAGAGGAGCCCGAGUCCCACUGGCAGCCGACUCGCUCUCCUCUCCCUCACCGAUGCCCCUGAGUCGACAUUAUCUGCUACCACCUAUUGGCACAGCUGAAGUGGAACAUGUGAGCACUGUGGGGUCACAAGGACAGAUGAAACCCCACGGCGACUCUAGUCGAGCUCAAAGUGCGGUGGUGGAUGAACCUAACUAUCAGCAGCCACAAGAAAGGCUCCUUUUGCCCGGCUUUUUCCCCUGGCCCAACACAACUCAAUCAUUUUUGCUGGAUACACAGUAUCGUCACUCAUGUGCAGUUGAGUAUCCUCAUCAGGCCCGACCUGGUAGGGGAUCUGCAGGUCCUCAGUUACAUGGGUCUACAAAAUCUCAAAGUAGAGGCGGACCAGUCUCUCGAACCAGGCAGGGACCAUAAGGCAAAUGAGAAGACCUAUCAGGCUGCAGGAAACACGAGAUUUCAUGAAGCAGUAUUCAGUCAUUAAGUGAUGCAGAGCUUGUAUAGAAGAUCGACUAGAAGAUCGACUAGAAACCAUCUUCAUGAAGAGUGAUUUUGGCACAAGUGACUGAAAAAUAAAACACUAUAGCGGCCAAAAA